CUGACACACACAGGUGCUCAUGCCACAAAUCAAGACAACCGGUAGAGUGUGCAUCAGACGGAUUUCUAGUCACAUGUGAAGCCACUUAACGCCUUUCACACCGGCAAAGAAGUGCCGUGAAUUCAUAUUCGAAGUGAAGGAAAUUUGGGUGAACCCUAAGGAAGCAAAUGGCACAGAACAGCUUUCUUGCUGCCUUUAGACAAAUUGAUAGAGACGGGGAUGGGGUCAUCAAGAUAUCAGAUUUGGAAGCCUACGCAAAUCGUGAAACAGUGGCCCCAGAUUUUGUUCGGAAAUGGAGGACGUUGUUUGAUCCUCAGAAUACCGGCCAAAUAACCUUUUCCACCAUCUGCCAGACACUAGGCCUCAAUCCGAAGCUACAGAAAGACCAGCCGAAAAUGGAUGUUAUCUAUCAAACCAACAUGACUGACUCAAUGCGCGAUGAUGUAUUUAUGAUCGCUAAGCAACACUACAACUCCGCGGCGCCUGAAGCAAGUCUUAAUGCAGCCCUACGUCAGCUAGAUGAAACAUUUGGUCGACUCUGGUCAGGCCAUGCUGUGCAUCAGCCACCCGAGGGGACACAGAAGGCACCUUAUCUAGUUUACAGUUGUGACGCUGGGAAGCACAAGUUUCUAGUAUCCCAAACCCCGCACAAGAAGAAAGCAUGUGGAAAGUGUAAAUGUUGCUAAUGAUUUCAACUGUAUUCACUGUAGCAUUAUGUACCAAAAAUGAUAAAAAAAACCACAAAAGCUGUUUUGUUCAAGGUAAUUCAAAUGAAACAUUCUGUUCCAUCUUUUUUUCCCCAUUUUUCAUAUUACUGGCUUCUUACUAUUUGUGUAAACUUGUUACCCCUGAGUUACAAUGUCUUUUCGAAAAGGUUAUUAAAAAGAAAA